CAGGUUCCGGUUGCAAAGACAACUGAGAACAGGAGUCUGGAUCGGGCAGGUCCCACUAGCUUCUCUUAAACCUUAGUCUCCUUGCCUAUAAAAGGAAGGUAAUGUGUCCUAUCAUCUGUGCAAAGCUGGUGACUCUAACAUUUGCUAGAAGCUAUUGCCCCUCUCCCUAGGAAAAAAAAUUGACACCAGACAACCGAAGACUGUACCACAUCCUUUUGGACCUGGGUGAAGGACUUCCUGGUGAGGAAACAGGCUUCAGGCAGCUCAGGACCUGGUGGGGGGAGGGGUGUCAUCGCACCCAUGAAUGGUCUGCACAUCUAUUCCUGACAUGAGGACAGGGUCUCCCUGUGUAGUCCAAGCUAGCCUGAAGUUUACUAUGUAGACCAGAGAUCCUCCUAUGUCUGCCUCCUAAGACAAGAAGAUGCCACCCAAGCGCAUAGCUAAGAGAAGGUCGCCCCCAGAAGAUGCCAUCCCCAAAAGCAAGAAGGUGAAAGGAGUUGGAAAUCACAGCCUGGGGGAAGAGGGACAUUCAGAUGGGAGGCGAUACCAGGUAGCUGCCCUAAGCUCCAGUGCAAACUCUGUCUCACACAGGUCCCACAACACAGAACCAGGCUUGGUGCUGACACUGGGCCAGGGCGACGUGGGCCAGCUGGGGCUGGGUGAGAGUGUGCUGGAAAGGAAGAAGCCGGCCUUGGUACCUCUUCUACAGGAUGUUGUGCAGGCUGAGGCUGGGGGCAUGCAUACUGUAUGUCUGAGCCAAAGUGGCCAGGUCUACUCCUUCGGCUGCAAUGACGAAGGUGCCCUGGGAAGGGACACUUCAGUCGAGGGCUCAGAGAUGGUUCCUGGGAAAGUGGAACUGCAAGAGAAAGUGGUGCAAGUGUCAGCGGGGGACAGUCACACAGCAGCCCUCACCGAAGAUGGCCGUGUCUUCCUCUGGGGCUCUUUCCGGGACAAUAAUGGUGUGAUUGGGUUGUUGGAGCCCAUGAAGAAGAGCAUGGUACCUGUUCAAGUGCAGCUGGAUGCACCCGUGGUAAAGGUAGCCUCAGGGAAUGACCAUUUGGUGAUGCUUACAGCUGAUGGAGACCUCUACACUUUGGGUUGUGGGGAGCAAGGUCAACUGGGCCGUGUACCUGAGUUAUUUGCCAACCGAGGUGGCCGUCAGGGCCUUGAGCGACUCCUUGUCCCCAGAUGUGUGCUGCUGAAAUCCAGGGGAACCCGGGGCCAUGUGAGGUUCCAGGAUGCCUUCUGUGGUGCCUAUUUCACUUUCGCCAUCUCCCGUGAAGGCCAUGUAUAUGGCUUUGGCCUCUCCAACUAUCACCAGCUGGGAACUCCAGGCACUGGAUCUUGCUUCAUUCCUCAAAACUUGACAUCCUUCAAGAAUUCCACCAAGUCCUGGGUGGGCUUCUCUGGUGGCCAGCAUCAUACAGUCUGCAUGGAUUCAGAAGGAAAAGCAUACAGCCUAGGCCGGGCUGAGUAUGGACGGCUGGGUCUUGGGGAGGGUGCUGAGGAGAAAAGCAUACCUACCCUCAUUUCCCGGCUGCCGGUGGUCUCCUCAGUGGCCUGUGGAGCUUCUGUGGGGUAUGCUGUGUCCAAGGAUGGUCGUGUUUUUGCUUGGGGCAUGGGCACCAACUACCAGCUGGGCACUGGGCAGGAUGAAGAUGCCUGGAGCCCUGUGGAAAUGACUGGCAAACAACUGGAGAACCGUGUGGUGUUAACUGUGUCCAGUGGGGGCCAGCACACAGUCUUACUAGUUAAGGACAAGGCACAAAGCUGAUGAAGUCUUUGUGGGCCUGGCUUCUGGCCCCAACCCAGCUUCACAGAACAGGAAAACAGCCAGCUACAGAUUCCAGAAGGCCCCUCCCCAACCCUGAGCAGAUAUCAUCUCCUGUCUUUUCCCAUCACCACAGCAGAAUCCUUUUUCUUCUGUUUCGUCCUCUUUCUAGAAUCAUCCUGGUACUUGUAGGAUGUGGGAGGAUGGGAGGAGAAUCUCAGAAGGAUCUUUGCUUACCAGAGGCUUACUUUGUUGGACCUUUCCUCCCUUCCAACCCCUGCCCCUGUGGUCCUAGCUGGUGCUGGCUCAUCACCUUCAAAACUCAAAACGGUAGCUGCAGCUCCGGGGUUUUGGUGCCCACACUCUGAAAAGUUGGGAUUUCAUGAGGUCCUGCUUCCUGUGAGCCUCUCUUUCUGUUCCUAACAGUAGUUUAUGAGGACACAGAUGGUUUGUAUAGUCAUCAGAUUCAGUUGUCAAGGACCCAUGCCUGGAGAGAUCUGGACAAAGGCUUUACAAGGCAAUGGGUGACCUAAGCCAAAUAUUCAGCUCUAAAACAGGUGUCCAUGGGCAAAAACACUGACCCACUUGAAAAAGACCAACUGUCCUCCCAAAAGCACAAAGCACCCCAGUGUCCCUUGGGUGUCACCUGUCUGUUCCCCAUCAGUCAGCCUUUCUGCCAGAGGACUGGAUAGCCAUGCUGGGCUUGGCUGGGAGGUCAAGGCGGGGAGGUUGGGGAGAAUGUUUUAUAACAGUGCUCAGGGAGGAGUGGAGGGAAAGGUGUGGAGGGGCAGAGGCUGGUCCUAAGAAAAGUAACAGUGGCUGAGAAAAUAGUUUUGAUUUUUUUAAUUGUAUCAUAUUUUGGAGGGGAGAGUAAACUCUUGUAACACUUUGAAUAAACUUAAGAGUUUUAUACAA